CAGUGGGACGAGGCGCGGGGUUGCUGCCGCCGCCGCCGCCUCCGGAGCAGCGAGAGCCGCCUGCGGAGCGCGGGGUGCCCGGCCCGGGCCGCCCGUGCUGGUUGAAGUACUUGUGAAAACUGCUCGCCUGCAGGAAACAUGAGGUCACAGUACAUCACGGCGCCCACAGUCACCGUCCUUCUGUUCCUGCUGUGGAUCCCAUCCUCAGCAGGCUGCAACAAGGCUCUGUGUGCCAGCGACGUCAGCAAGUGCCUGAUACAGGAGCUGUGUCAGUGCCGCCCUGGGGAAGGGAACUGUUCCUGCUGCAAGGAGUGCAUGCUCUGCCUGGGCACACUUUGGGAUGAGUGCUGUGACUGUGUUGGUAUGUGCAAUCCUCGCAAUUACAGUGACACACCUCCGACAUCCAAGAGCACUGUUGAGGAGCUGCAUGAACCAAUUCCUUCCCUUUUCCGGGCACUGACAGAAGGGGAUACUCAGCUGAACUGGAAUAUUGUUUCCUUCCCUGUGGCAGAAGAACUGUCACACCAUGAGAACCUCGUCUCCUUUUUAGAAACAGUGAACCAGCCGCAGCAUCAGAACGUCUCUGUUCCAAACAACAAUGUGCACACACCUUACUCCAGUGACAAAGAACACAUGUGUACUGUGGUGUACUUUGAUGACUGCAUGUCAAUACAUCAGUGCAAGAUCUCUUGUGAGUCCAUGGGAGCAUCCAAAUACCGAUGGUUUCACAACGCCUGCUGUGAGUGCAUCGGGCCAGAAUGCAUCGACUAUGGCAGUAAAACUGUCAAAUGUAUGAACUGCAUGUUCUGAAGCAGGAAAACUGUAAUAUAGCAAUACUGAGGCCAAAGUAAUCUCUCUCGGUUAAAGAGACUGGGAUUGCAAAUACCGCAUUUUGGUGGAGUGCCUGCUGGUUGCAAUUAAAUGUACCUGGUUGAAAAGAGGAUGUAUAAAAUCAGAGAACUGUUUUCUUUUUUCUUUUUUUUUUUUUUUAAUUCAUAUAAGCGAGGCUAACUAGUAGAUGUUUAAACACUAUGUUUUAAACUUGUUUUUCUCUGUUUCUGCUCAAAUGGUACAGUCAUGCUCAUCAUUAUUGUUCUGAUUGUUUUCCUUUGAUUUGAAAGUAUUGUCUAUACUGGUUUUCAGAACAUAGUACUCUAUCUUGUAGUUUAGAGUAGGGAAACUUUUAGAAUACGGUGAUGAGAUUUCCAUUAUCUGAAUUCAACAAAUAAAUAAAUGGCUGCUAGGUUGGAGGGAGGGUGGAUGUUGUUUAGGGACUGGGUUUUUGGGAUUUGGUUUCUGGGUUUGUUUUUUAACUUUAUUACCUUCCAAUUUUUAAGGUUAGCUUUUAUUGUGGAAGUGAUAUUUGGAGAAAAAUUAAAAUUCAUGCUUUCUCUUCAAGUUCAAAGAAUGGGCUGUCAUGGAUAAAAUCCUAACUUCUUAGAAGGGCUGCCCAGCAAAACACCAUAUAUGGCAUACUUUUCCUCCAAGUUUGAUUUGCCCUGCUCUCUUUUCAUUGGGGCCAUGAUGCAUAAUUUAUGUGUUACACAAGUUAAUCUUUUCAGUCUUCUCUUAGAUCCCAAAAUAAAGCUGGUAAGUGCUAUUGCAUUUCCCACGUGUUGCACUGUUCUCUAGGGCUGUUACACCCUGAACAUUUAGUCCAGUAAAGGAAACAUGAAAGGCUAUGAUGGAUUUAAUGACUAAAGGAAUAAAGAAUGAAAUGAGAGGAACAAGCAAGUGGUACAGGUCUACCAGCUGAGCAGCUGGCAGCAAGCAUGUUCACAUUUAGUAAUUUCCUGUGAAUA